AUGGUAACGUUGGCAGAAGAAUUAGCACAAUCGAGAAGACUGGCUGAAAUCGCUCUAAUUAACGGGGAGUCUGGUCCCAGCACAAGGAACAGAUCAAGGAACAGAGAAGACGCAAACAACACGGAUCAACCCUACGUGGACUACACACACGAAGACGAUGAUGAUCCCCAGAACGACUUCAACGAGCCACCGGAAAACACUAGCGGAGACGAAUCAGCCCGGAGCGCAAAGUCUACACAGACCAACCCGCGAGCGGACCCAAGAGAAGGAGUAGAGAGGCUACCAAGAAGGGAGACAACGGAAGAGGAGGAGUCAGUACAGGGGGUAAUAAACGCAGAAAGGGACCCUAACCAAGACGCCAUGCUGGAGAGUCGUAACAGCUGGUGGAGAACCAUUGUAAACGCAUACGACAACCACGACCCACUCCUAGGGAGAACGAUGCUGCAUGCCUUUUGCGCGACAUACGGGCAGAUUCCAUUUGAUCUGGAAGAGUCAAGAGGCAGAAGAGAAAACCGCGACGCGGAACUCAACCACCAUCGCGACCGGAGACCACAAACCGAGUCCUUGAUACAAGACGACGAGUUCCUAGAAGAGCUAGUCGACAGGAGGGACACAACCGGUACGGGUGCAAAAUCCUCACGGGAAGACAAACCCAGGCACCGGAAUCAGGCGCUCAGCUCUGCCCGCAUCAGAACCGCAACCCCGUCAAGGCCACCUCUGAAGAGAGACUUUGCAACUGCAAGCGGCGAGAACGGGGGAUGGAAGAACGCAGCGAACUCUAGACGCAACAACAAAAACAGAAACAACAAUCAGCAACGCACUGAGAGUCACAAUAACUUCGCACGAAGAAAACCGUGGAUCAGAGACAACAACAGUUGGACUCACAACUUGUCAAACGGAAGCUACUACCCUAACCGGAACCCAUGCAGCAACAACUUCCAUAACGGAAACGGCAGCUACGGCGGAGGUUUCCAGCAGUAUGGUGCCCCCCACAGCGGAUACAACCUCGGUUACGGACCGCCAAUGUCGUACGGGACGGCCACGUACGGAAACGCCUACAACCCCAGUUAUAACCAAGGAGGUCCGAGCAACGCGCCAGAGCAGCAAAACCAACUUGCAGUCGUGCCAAAACAAGGGAGCAGUGGCCAGAGCGGAGCCCUGACAGUCGUCAACAGGCAAAACGGCAGCCACAAGCAAAGCUGA